AUGCCCCUCACCAGCGAUGAGCCCAUCUGCCCCAAGUUCCAGCCCAACAUCUUCGACCCCUCCCGCUGCCACGACUGCCUGCGCCAGAAGCACCUGCACGCCGGCGGCGCAAGGGAGAGCGCUGAGGCGUCAGCACCGCAGCAGAAAUCCACAGCAGAGACUCAUUUUGAGGCUAAAACUGGGACGGACGCUGGGAUCGGAUCGGGCAAAGGGGUGCUGUUAACACCGAUUCCAUCCCAGGCGGAGGAAAGAGACACCAGCAGCAAGGAGGAUUCUGACGGUCUGUCGGUGGUGAGCAGCAGCUAUUGUGAUGUCAACGGAGGCCGUCUGGGUUAUGGGGAGAGCUCUUUUUGCAUCCUGAGCACCGACUGUGAGCUUUACAUCUGUGACGGCGACGACGACGACAUGCUCUCUCUUACUUUUCGCCUCCUAAAUCUCUCACCUCUCAUCAUUCUUCUCCCAUCUCCUCUUCCACGCAGCUGUCUGUGGGAGCAGAGUGACUACCAAGAGUUCGGCGGCUCCGUCAGCGCUGAGGACGAAUACCUGCCGAUCCGUCACCGCUCGACCAAGCUCGGCAUGACCCGGCUCGACCCUCCGCCCCAUCGGCCCGACCCUCGGGUCUGGAUGGACGAAGCUCGGAGCAGAGACAACUUCAGCGGUCAAUCGGGGUUCAAAGAUGACAGACAGAAGCGGGAAAGUGGGUACUUCUCCAUGGGGAGGGCGGCGGGUGCCCGUUCACUCCGUGACAACAGCCCGGCUGCUCCUUUCCGACAUUUUGAGAGAGGACAUCCCAUCUUCAGCGGCAGAGGCGUAGAGCCUAAAGACACCAUCCCCUUCAGGAACCCUAAUCUUGGCGUGGCAUCUGAGAGGCAGGCGCCGGAGGAUCUAAAUGGGGAACUGCCUGCGGAAAGCCCGCCUCCUGACGCCUAUGAAAUCGCCGUCGAGGUUGAGGCACAAGUCGGCGCUCGCUCUCCGAGUCCUACUCCUUUUAAGAUAGCGGAGUCGCUGGCCUCGCCUGGGCGAAGAGGACUCAGCGGUUCUUACGGCCGGGGAAACGCUUCCUCUCACGUCUCCUCCUAUCAACAGUCAGGACGCUUUGAGUCCUCAACGCGAGGUUCCGCUCUGCAAUCUCGUUCUUCUUCUCCAUCGCGUGGAAGCAUACCAUUCAGACGCAGCGAGUCCACCGCUACCCUCAGCAGGCAUAACUUCGAUGGCGGAGGGCGGUCUCAUGGGACAGAGCUGGGAUCCAGAAACUCCUCACAGGGCACGCAGGGGCGACGUGUCGAGUCAGGAACUCUGCCGAGAAACUUUAAAUCAUCGGCUGGUUCGGUCAAAUCCCAGUCCAACACGGUUUCUGAUUUUAGGAGUGCCUUGAGGAAAACUGAAGUCAGUGGGUCUUUGAGCGGUCGGGGUCGUGACAGCAGAAGCUCAUCUCCCUCGAAGAGGGACUAUAACGCUUCAAGCCAAAUGUCUCUUCGCAAAACUGAAGUCAGUGGAUCUUUGAGCAGUCGGGGUCGUGACAGCAGAAGCUCAUCUCCCUCGAAGAGGGACUAUAACGCUUCAGGCCAAAUGUCUCUUCGCAAAACUGAAAUUACCAACAGUUCUUCUCAUGGACGCGACAGUUCGUCUCCGUCUAGGAGAGCUUCUGACAGUCACAGACACUCACCGCCGAGGAGAAAUUACAGCUCCACGUCCAGCCAAUCCCCCCUUCGUAAAACUGAAUCAGUUAUGUCUCUAAGCGGACGUAGUCACCACGGACGCUGUGGCUCCCCCAUAAGAGAAGGAUAUGAUAUCGAAAGCCAGGCUCUGCUACGUAACUCAACAGCUAAGAACGGACUGAAUGAUGAGGAACAUGAAAGCAUCGCCGCGUCUCCACCCAGACGAGGUUAUGACACGAGUCAGUCUGUGCUCCGUAAGACUGAAUCAAGCCCCGUCGGUGGCAGUCGAGGUCGUGACAGCCGUUGUUCCUCCCCUGGGAGGAGAGGCUAUGAAACCCCUACUCAGCAUCAGCUUAGGAAAACAGACACCAGUGGUUCUUUACACGGCCGUAGUCGAGAAAGUCGCAACUCCUCCCCUUCCAGGAGAAGCCACGAAGCUCCUUCUCAGUCCCUGCUACGCAAGUCUGAAGUAAACAGUUCUGUCAGGAGUCGUGAUAGCCACAGUUUGUUGCCCUCAAGGAAAAGCUAUGACGCUCCUGAACAGCGCUCGCUGCGGAAAACAGAAACUAGCAGCUCCCUUAACAGCAAGAAUCACAACAGCCGCAACUCCUCUCCUGCUAGGAAAGUUAACAGUGAGCCGCCGGGAUACUCAAUCCUCAGAAAUGCCACUAACGGAGAUGCCAGCCAUUCCUUUCAGAGAAAAACCACUCACCAUGACGCAAAAUCUGACUCCGACCGCUCACCGCGCUCCUGGCGGGAGUCGACUCAUUCCCAACGCAGCUCCUCGUUAUCUCGAGCCGCUUCGCCCUCCAGACAGACCAAGAAUGGCAGCAGAACAGCUUUCGUUACCUUGGAAACACCCAGGAGCCCCGGCAGCAUCAGAUCUGGGGUUGGUAGGCGCGGCCAUGAGGAUCGCUGCCCUUCACCUAACGACAAGAGGCCCUCCCGCCGCACACGGAGCCCUUCACCUAACGACAAGAGGCCCUCCCACCGCACACGGAGCCCUUCACCUUCUCCUUCACCUCAGAUUCAACUGCGGAGGCACACCUCCUCCCAGAGCUCCAUGGAGUCUUCAGAGUCGGGCCAACAGUCGGUGGGGUCCACAGGACGGAGCAGGGAGGAGUACGCCUUGUUGGCCGACGUGCCAAAGGUCAAAAUGAUCCAUCAGAGAGAAGGGCCGGGUCACGUGGGGCGGCCUCAGUCUCCUCCUCGGAGACAGGAGCUCUUUAAACCGGCCAGCCACUCCCUGAGCAAGCAUCCCUCCAGAGAGUGGGACGAUACAGGGGACACUGAGAGAGACUGGCACUACGGUGGCAGUGGGUAUCUAUCCAGAGCUCACUCCUCCACCUCACUGCAGAGGUCUGGCAGUCCCACAGCAGAUGAGGGCAGUAGUUGGAAAGGUAACCACCACAGAUCAGAACAAAUGCAGUCUAUUUGA